UGAAGUUUCAGAAGUGUACAGAAACAGCUCUGGCGCUUGUGGAAUUUCUCAGAAAAUAAAGUGGUUCUCUAGCUUUUCAUUUACCUUCCUUAUCCUAUAAAAAUACGAGUAGUGGAAUGUGACCCUAGAUUCAUUUCAAUGGAUGCUAGAUUGUUUGAUUCAGCUUUCAGAGGAGAUGUGAAUACCUUGCAAGAAUUAAUUGUAGAAGAUCCUCUAAUCCUCCAUGCUGUAACAGUCACUACGUCAAACACACCAUUGCACGUUGCUGCACUUCUUGGUCAUACUCAGUUUGCCAUGAAAGUGAUGCAAAAUUAUCCUGGAUUAGCAGACGAACUUAACCAGCAAGGUCUUAGUCCCAUCCAUUUGGCCUCAGCAAAAGGGCACCUGGAGAUUGUGAAGGGAAUGCUUGUUCUUCGACCUGAUCUUACUCUUAUAAAAGACGAGGACGGAAAUAUUCCCCUUCACACGGCUGCCAUUAGAGGAAGGAGGGAAAUCUUGUCACAGCUUUUUACAACUGUAUCAGCAAAUGAGCUUACCUCGAGCAGGGAGACUGUUCUGCACCUUGCCGUGAAACACAAUCGGUACCAGGCACUAGAGUUGUUGAUUCAGCUUGCCAAUCAAUACCAAAUUGGCAAUGAGCUUUUCAAUGCCGUGGAUGCAGGCGGUAAUACCAUAUUUCACCUUGCUUGUGCUGGAAAAAAGUCAAAGGUAAUGAAUGAUAUUUGCUGUUCCUUUCAAGUCUUUCUCUUUUCCUCAAAAACGAAUAUACAAUAAGAGAUUGUUAGCUUUGGCUCCAGUGGUAAAAGGACCCUUGAAGCCUGUUGAGGCAUUUUAAUUUGAGAAGUUCUAUAAGCCAUAGAUGCAUCCCUUUUG